AUGUCCAAAACCCCACCAAAUCCGGUGGGAGAAUGCAUCUGCAAAUUAUCUUCCAAAGAGUAUCCUAAGAAAGCCAAGGGAAUUUCCUUCUUUGCCUUUCUUCUCUCCAUUUUUGUUUAUAUUUGUGUCUUUUAUACCUUCAAUCUAUCUUUUUCUUAUACUCUCUUCAACACCACCAAGUUCUGGUUUUUCAUUUCCAACACUCUCAUCCUCAUCAUUGCUGCUGACUAUGGUGCUUUCUCUUCGUCCAAAGAGAAACAUGAUCUUUAUGAAGAUUACAUGAUGAUGAUGCAUAGCCAAGUGAAAAAUAACGUUUCAUCCUUCGUUUCACAAUACCCAGAUGUUGUCAAAACCGAUCCCAAGCAAGAGGACGUUGAUCAUGAUGAUGAUUUGCAAGAAAAGAAAGAAAUAUUAGCUGAAGAUCAAAGGGAUCAAUAUUUAUACCCAGAAAGUAAAUCUAUCAUGGCCAAUAUUAGUCAUGAUUCGAAAAAGCCUAGAAAUCAUGAAAACUUGCAAGAAAAGAAGCAGGUUCUUACCCCACAAGCUGAUCAUAAGAGUGAUGCAAGAAGUUCUCGCGGAAGAAAGUCAGGAAAAGAUAGACUCCUCGUGAUUCAUGACGAGAGCAAGAACAUCAUGUCAGACAAUGAUGAUCAAAAGCAUGAUAAACCAAGUGAUGAUCAAUUGGAAGAUAAUGAGUUUUCAACCAUGUCUGAUGAGGAACUGAACAGAAGAGUUCAAGAGUUUAUUGAUAGAAUUAAUAGACAGAUUCGGCUUCAAUCAUAUCACUACAAGAAAAAUCAGCAUUUAUGA